UUUUUUUUUUUUUUUUCUUUUUCUUUUUCAAUCUUUUUAUCAUCUUAAUCAUGUCUGCUGCUGACCGUUUGAACAACAUUAAGGGCCAUUUAUCUGCCACCCACCCUCAAGGUUUAUUAGCUGGUGAAGUUGCCAUCAUUACCGGUUCAGGUCAAGGUAUUGGUAAGAGCUGUGCCGAACUAUUUGCUCGUGAAGGUGCUCUCGUUGUUAUCACUGAUAUUGAUGCAGCUAAAUCUGAUCAAGUUGCUGCUGACAUUAAUGCCGCUGGUGGCAAGGCUAUUUCUAUUCCCGGUGAUGUCUUGGACCCCGCUUUCCCUGAAAGAUUGGUUGAAGAAACCGUAAAGCAGUUUGGCAAAAUCAACCAUAUUGUGAACAAUGCAGGUUUCACUUUUGAUGGUAUGAUCCACAAGAUCACCGAUAAGCAAUGGGACCUUAUGCUUGCCGUUCACAACACGGCUCCUUUCAAGAUCAUCCGUGCAGCUGCCAAAUACCUUCGUAAGAAGGAUGGUGCCAACAAGACCAUUGUCAACAUCUCUUCUACCUCUGGUUUACACGGUAAUGUCGGUCAAGCCAACUAUGCUACAGCCAAGGCUGGUGUUGUCGGUUUAACCAAGACUAUUGCUAAAGAGUGGGGUAUGUUUGGUGUCCGUUGUAACACUGUUGCUUUUGGUUGGGUCGAUACACGUUUGACGCGUGCAAAGGAAGCAGGUGCUGCUAUUGAAGUUGAAGGCCAAAAGGUUGUCCUUGGUAUUCCUACCGGUAACAAGCAGGCCAAGGUGAAUCCAUUUGCAGACAUUCCUUUGGGCCGUGCUGGUAACGCAGACGAGGUAGCUGGAUCUGUCUUGGUUCUCUGUACUCCUUUGACCAGCUAUAUCACCGGCCACACCCUUGAAGUUACUGGUGGCCGUGGUAUCUAAUUAUAAAUGUAAAUAAUAAAUAAACAUUCGCUUUUGACAACCCAAAAUAGAACAGUUUCAAAAA